AUGGACGAUUCAAGAACAGAGGAGAGAAAAAAUUUCAUGAAGCCAACUUAUUAAGACCCCUUAAAGAAGAGAGAACAGUUCGCUGUGAGCUUGAGAAAGCAAAAGACUAAUGAUAUUAUUGUAGCAAAGAGGCGAAGGUGUUUCGACAAAAACGCUGAAAGUGACUACAAAGAAAGCGAGCAGUAUAGAGGGUUCAGAGAAUUCGAUUAAAAACCAGAGGAAUAUGAGAGAAGGCUGAAUGAUUUAAUCCCUGAGUUGUUUACUGUAGCCAAAGAUGAGUCACUUGCAUAGAAGAUUCAGCUACUACUUAACAAAUUAGUGACAAACCAAGAUUAUUCUACUCUAGAGCAGUUGACUAUAAUCACUUGCAUCAGGCGAUUCAUCUCCUCCAGUUAGGAGCCACCUAUUGAUGAGAUUCUACAGACAAACAUCCUCGACAUUCUUUGUACAGUAUUUAAAUUCAAUGAUGGUCCUGAGGACAUCAGAAUGAUGAAAUUAGAGACAGUGUGGAUAUUGACUAACCUAGCUCACGGACAGUCCGAUGUUAUUGAGCCUAUUUUCUAUCCCAAAUAUGGAUUCAUUGGAUCUAUCAACCAUCUAAUGAAAUAAAAUGACUCAGCAAUGAUUGAACAAUGCUUCUGGUUUAUUGGAAACUCAUUAGCUGAAAAUGAAAAGCUUAGAAAUUUGUUCCUAAAUGAGACAGAAUUGAUAGAUGUGAUGUAUGGGCAGAUAAUGAAGCAGAAAAUUAGUAAAACACUAUUUAAAACUUUGAUAUGGCUAACGUCAAACAUAUCCAGACCUAAAAACCUUGAUGAAUCAGUUGUAUUAAAAUGCUUAGCCAUAGCAGAGCAAGGGUUGUUCUUAGAUGAGGAAGAGAUUUUAUCAGAUGCACUCUGGACAAUUAGUUAUCUAUGUGAUACCCAAAAUGACAAUGUAAUAGACAAGGCAGCUAAACAAUAAAACAUUGCUAGAAUAUGUCAAUGCCUCGCAGAAAAAGAAAUAUACGUCUAUGUCCCAGCUCUUAGAUGCAUUGGCAAUAUGCUCACCUCUAAUGAUUCACAAAUCACUGACAUAUGCUUAUGGGAAGGAGUGAUAGAUAGAUUGACAUCCUUGCUGUUUUCAACAAAUUCAAAUUUGAUCAAGGAGAGUCUCUGGGCUUUGUCAAAUAUUACAGCAGGAACCUAGCCUCAAGUUGAUAAGUUUGUGGAUAGUCCAGCCUUUGACAGAGUACUUGCCCUUGCCAAGUCUCAGAAUAUUGACCAUAAGAGAGAGUCACUCUUUGUUCUGUGCAAUGCAAUUACUGGUGCUGACUUCGUCUUAAGGAAACGUAUUCUUGAAAGAGGGGCAGACCUUAUGAUGUCUACUCUGAUAUCAGGGUUGUACCUUUAAGACCAAAAGAUUCUGAAAAAUUUAAUGGAAGCCUUUGACUGUCUGCUUGACCUUGAUAGAUUCUAUGACUGGAAGCAAAAGGAUAUUUCUGUAGCACACAUGUUUGAGGUGAAUGAUGGACUAAAUGCACUCAAUGAAGUGUAGAAACACCCAGCCAGAAUUAUUUAUGAGCAAGCCUAUCACCUAUUAGAAUCAUAUUUCCAGGAAGAGGAGGAUUAAGAUAGAAUGGAUGAUGCUGUUGGCCAAGGUUUCAAUAGAGAUGGUCAAUUCAAUAUUUGA